AUGACCCAAGAGCGACUGUGGCAGAUACAAGAUCCAUUGUGGGGAGACCCUCACACCCUCUCGGCUCUGCUUUGCAAUUCAGCUGCAGCUGUUGUGCUACUGAAAUGGCUGGGACGUAGGCAGAUCCAGCAGAGGAUGGACGAGGUGAGGAGGACACGGGAUGUGGCCCUGGAGCAAAUGGAGAAGGCAGCUCACAGGUUUAAGCAAGAGAGCCCAGGCACCCAGACUGCACAUGUCCUCUUGCUGACAAUGGUGGAGCUGGUGGAGAAGCUGAAGGAGGGGUCCCUGUCCCCAGAAAGUGUCCUCUACUCCUACAUUGGCAAAGCUUUGGAGGUGACUCGGGAGGUGAACUGUGUGAUAGACUUCAUUCAUGGCUGUGAGGAUCAGUUCCAGAAACUGAAGAAGCAGAAGGAGAAGGGGCUGCUCUAUGGCAUUCCCAUCAGCAUCAAGGACCAUAUUAGCUGCAAGGGCCAUGUCUCCUCUGGAGGGAUGGUGAAGUUUCUGGGCGAAGUGAAGGAAGAAGACAGUGUCAUUGUCCAGGUUCUAAAGAGCCAGGUAAUCCCCUUCGUGAAAACCAACAUCCCACAGACGAUGAUAAACUAUGACUGCAGCAACCUCACCUUCGGCCAGAUGCUGAACCCUCUCAACCACCAGAAGAGCCCUGUGGGUUCCUUGGGAGGGGAGGGAGCUCUGAUCGCAAGGGGAGGCUCCAUCCUGGGCAUUGGGUUGGCUGUAGCUGGCAGCGUCCACCUGCCAUCCAGCUUCUGCAGAUUGUGUGGGCUCAAACCCACAGGCAACAGGAUCAGCGUGGCAGGGAUGCUGGGGCCAAUGGCAAGAGACGUGGACAGCCUGGCCCUCUGCAUGAAGGCGCUGCUCUGCAAGGAGAUGUUCUGGCUGGACCCCACUGUGCCCGCCAUCCCCUUCAAUGAGGAGGUUUACACCAGUUCAAAGACAUUUCGGAUUGGGUAUUAUGAAGGAGAUGGCUACUUCCAGCCCUCGCCCAGCAUGAAACGGGCCAUCCAGCAGACAAGAAAGCUCCUCCAGGAUGCAGGGCAUAUGCUUGUUCCCUUUGCGCCACCCAAGAUUGACUACAUGGUAGACAAGCUGUUCACCAGAGGAAUUUUCUCGGAUGGUGCUGCUCACCUGGUUUACCGCACUGAAUUCAUUGCUAAAUGGAGGAAGCUAAGGCUGGAUGUGAUUCUUUGUCCCACACUGGGGCCAGCCUUUAACCAUGGCUACGCUGGGAAGCUAUUUGCUGCAACCUGCUAUACCAAUUUAUACAAUGUCUUAAACUUCUCUGCUGGGGUCGUGCCAGUCAGCAGAGUCACAAGAGCCGCCGAAGAAGAACUGAUGCAUUACCAAGGGCACUACGGAGACCCUCAGGAGAAGAGGCUGAAAGAGGCUGUGGAAGGAGCUGUGGGGCUGCCGGUGGCCAUCCAAUGCGUGGCUUUGCCAUGGCAGGAGGAGCUAUGCCUUCGCUUCAUGAAGGAGGUGGAGACACUUGCCCACAGCCUGAAAAGAAAUGUGUGA